UUUUGUAAACAAGCAUGCUUCUUCCGGCUGAAGAUAUGUACAUGACAUUUACUGUGGAUUUCUGAUGUUGUUAUUUUAGGUCUUGUUAGAAUCAAUGUUAACAUAUUGAAAACUGUUCUCAGUUGAAUCGCUGUUUGAGGCUGCUAGCAUGUUAGCCGUGCAGCACCAGACCACAGUGAGUGCAGUGUUAGAUUGUUUAUCGUAUCUCUUAUAUCAGUGGUAAUCUAAACGUCCAGGAACAGACGUCCCGAAAUGCCUCUGAGGCUAUUGACAAUUGAUCCUGAAGACCGGGGCUCUCAAAGAUGCAGAAUGGGACCGGGCAUGAUGUCAGCGCUGGGUCUCAGCCUGGGCUCCCCGUUGUCGGUGUCUCUAUCCGGGGGGAGCUGUCUGUGCACCGCCUGGACGAGGCCGGACCUGGCCGAAGGCUUCGUCCAGGUGGACAUGAAGUGUACCUCUCCUGGUCUGAUAACUAAACCCGGUCAGCAAGUGGAUCCCGAUCAGCUCAAACCGAUCCCUAUCUCCAAACUGAAGUGUGUCAAAGUAACCGUGGUUGUCCGGACUGCGGAGUUUAAGAGACGGACUCGUCCUCAGUUCAUUCACGAGCUUGUCAAAGACAUGAUGAAAGGUGUUUACCUGCAAGCGAAUCACGUGAUCAACCUGGAGGAGUACGACACAGAGAUUAGAUUUGUUGUCAUCGACAGCAUCAAUCCAGCUGACUCUGCAUCGGCAGGACUUUUCUCUGCAAAAACCGGUCUGGACAUUGUCGACAUCCGGACUGUCCGACAACACCAGAUCCAGCUGCAGGGUUCACCCUCACCCCCACUUGGUGGUCUGGAAGAGGUGAGUGCCUCGCUGAGAGAGAUGUUGCAGCUGCCUUUGCUGUACCCAAGAACCCUGACUUCCUUAGGGGUGUCCUGCCCCAGAGGGGUGCUGCUGGUGGGACCCCCAGGCGUGGGCAAGACCCUGCUCGUCCGUAAAGUGGUUGCGGAGGUUGGAGCAAGCUUGGUUGUAGUCAGAGGACCAGAGGUGGUCGGGGCCCGACCUGGCGAGAGUGAGGAGAGGUUGCGGGCUAUGUUUGCGCAGGCUGGAGAAGCAGCAGCAGAAGGUCCAUGUGUGCUCUUCUUGGAUGAGCUGGACUCUCUCUGUCCCAGAAGAACUGGAAGUUCAGCUCCGGAGAAUCGCCUGGUGGCACAGCUUCUCACCUUGAUGGAUGGCAUGGACCAGUCCGACCGCUUCCUCAUCAUCGGGGCGACUAACCGACCCGACAGCUUGGAUCCCGCCCUGCGCAGACCCGGCAGAUUUGACAGAGAGGUUGUCAUCGGGGCACCAACCGUGACACAGAGAGCAGCCAUCUUGACUGUCCUGUGUGAGAAGAUGCCAGUGUGUCCUAGCGUGGACAUUGUUGAGUUGGCGCAGAAAACUAACGGCUAUGUUGGAGCUGACCUCAGCGCCCUCUGCAGGGAGGCCGCCAUGACUGCAUUACGAGAAAACUCAAAGGGAUCGGGAGAGCAAACCGUGGAUACGAAGCAUUUCCAGGAGGCCCUGAAGUUGGUGGGCCCUUCGGCGCUUCGCAGCAGUCUGGGCAGAACAGAUCUGUGCCCGGUGACCUGGGAUCAGAUUGGUGGUCUCGAUGAAGUCAAAGUGAAACUAAGACAGAGUAUCGAGUGGCCAAUGAUGUAUCCCGAAGCCUUCACCCGCCUGGGUCUCUCCCGUCCUCGUGGCGUGCUGCUCUAUGGACCCCCAGGAUGUGCGAAGACCACACUGGUCAGAGCAGCAGCCAGCGCCUCCCACUGCACCUUCCUGUCGGUCAGUGGCGCUGACCUCUACUCCCCCUAUGUGGGAGACUCGGAAAAAGCAUUAGCCCAGCUUUUCCGUCAGGCGAGAGCUUGUGCUCCUUGUAUUUUGUUCUUGGACGAGAUCGACUCUGUCAUUGGCUCUCGGUCACGCCGGUCCUCCAACAGCGUUCAAACACGACUGUUGUCUGUACUUCUGAACGAGAUGGAUGGAGUCGGUCUAAAGGCUGUUGAAAGAAGAGGGACGCAGCAGGAGCCCCAGUUGGAGGGUUCAGCGGGUUCAGAGGGGGGUCACUCUCAAGUCACUCAACAGAUGGAAUGUCAGGAAGUUUGCAACAGAGAGGUGAUGGUGGUGGCAGCUACCAACAGGCCUGACUGUCUGGACAGUGCUCUACUGAGGCCGGGCAGACUGGACCACAUCAUCUACGUCCCUCCUCCUGACCAGCAGAGUCGACUCGCCAUCCUGAAGGUGUGCACCAGGUCUAUGCCACUUCAUUCUGAGGUGUGCUUGGAGGAGCUGGCUGCCGGGACUCAUCUCUUUUCUGGAGCAGACCUGGAGAACCUUUGCAAAGAGGCUGCUCUUCUAGCAUUGCAAGAGGAAAACAUGCAGGCGUCCGUGAUCCAGCACUCACACUUCCUGCGCAUCCUCAACCAAACCAGCCCCUCCCUCACUGCUCAGCAAAUACACACAUACUCGUCCUCCAUUCGAGUAGAUUAGAUUGCCUUUAUUGUCUGUACAAUGGGGAUAGUUUGGUUGUUACUGCAACAUAGCAACAUUAAAGACAUCAAAGGCAAACAUUAAUGAUUAAAUGCAUUCACAAACACACUCAAGAUGAUGUGUAUUUCAUGACCUUUAAA